UAUCUGGGCAUCACUGCAUUCUGUCUGAGAGACUUUAUCUGUUGCAUUUGAUUACUUUUGUUUGUUUUUUAAAUUCAUGCUACAAAUAUUUUUCCUCUCUCUCUCUCUCUAUAUUACUCUUAUAUGUAAAGCUCCAGGAAAGCGCAGGCUAAUUCGGGGUUGGAAGAAGCUUUGAGAGAGUUUACUAAAGUUUACUGAAGCACCGGACAGCGCACGGAAAUAACGGAGUUCAUUGUAUUUCAUCAACUUUCCAGACCUCAGAAACAAUAAACGGAUCCGAAUUAAAAUGCAUCGCUGGAAAGUCAAUCAGGUUGCUGUGUUGCUAUUGUUGGCGGCUGCGGUCGGGUUCGGUCAGGUGCUGGACCGCACGCUCAUCCUGUCCAACGAGAGGAGCUCCAUAGAGAGGACAUACGAGCUGACCAAAUACCUGGACCACCAGCUGAAGGAGAUCAGAGACACUUACCUGUCCUAUCUCGGGCCUCCAUUCAGCGAUCCCGGCUUCUCUCCUCCGCGUCCCAACAGCUCCUCUCUGUCCGUACCCAGCGCGGCCACGCGAGUGGACCUGUGGCGUGGGCUGGAGAACGGCGCCCGUCUGGCGCAGAACCAGCGAGCUUACAGCGUUCUCCUGUGCGCCGUGAAGGAGCUGGCGCGCUCCACCCUGUGUCCGUACCUCCAGAGCUCCCUCCUGCACUUCUGCUCCGGCCUCAGCGGGUUGCUUGGCUCAAUAUCCGGCCUGAUGAACGCCCUGGGCUACACCAACCUCCCACCCUCCACGGGAUACGCCACGCCCGCUCAAGCAUACGCCCCGCCGCUGUCGUCACAGUUUCAGGGCGUGAGCGAGAACAGCCCUGCCCCUCUGCGAAGUUACGUGCCUCGAAACCAGGGCGCUCAGCCUAUCUCGGGAACAACUCGGGCGGAUCUCAAACGGGACAGAGAGAGGGGCAGAAGAGGAAGAAGAAAAGAAGGAGAGAGCUGGGCUGCCAAAGAGGAGGGGGGGAAGGAGGAAGGAAUGGAGAGAUGGGGGAAAAGGAGAAGACUAUUAAGCGUGGACGAAGAGAAAAUGAUAAAACUGAACAUGAACUACACAACUUUUGGGGACGGAUACAGAAAGCAACCCGUACUCUUUUCAUCAGCAUCUCUACAACAUCGUCGACCUGUUCGUUCAACUCAUGCCGGUCUCUCUUCUCUCUCACUUCUUUAUCAGUACAGCGGGCCGGCUACUGAGGUUCACACUUUGCUGGCGGCCCCCGUGUUGUCGUCCCAUCCCACCCCGAAUGAUUUCUCACGGAAGGUGGAGGGAUUCUGGGUACUUCGAGAGCUGCAAAGCUGGCUGUGGAGAUCCGCAAAAGACUUCACCAGACUGAAGAAACGACUGCGUGUUUGAGACAAAACACCGUCUCUGUUUCAAAACCUAGCGAGCUGCCUAAGAAGGCAGCGAAAUUUCGCAAACAAAAAAGUUGCGAUAUACAUGACCGUAGCCAGCUAUGAGCUCACUGAGGUCCCGAAAUUCAGAAAAAGAAUUUGUUCUCUGAAAGCCUAAUUAGCACUUUAAAACUCUUCAUUUGAGGGCCUGCAUGUAUAAUUCAGUUUAGAUGGUUUGCCUAAAUUGUUCAGUGUAGAAAAUGAUGGAAAGCUUAAAAGAGUGAGGGCGCGGGCGCAGCCUCUGCUGUGUUGCCAGAUCCAGUUAAUAUAAGCAUCACUGGACUUGUUUUUCCACUUAACAGGACACUAUAGGAAGUUAAUGAAGUGGGAAUUUGCCAUUUAGGGUUAGUGAAAUCUGCAUCGUGAACUUAUUUUGGUUUAUUCUAUUUUUGGGUGGCUUGUUUUUUGCUACCAUGGCAAUACCUGGCAACCUGGCACUUAAACUGACAGUAAUAGUAAUAAUAGAGAGCACAGGCAUGCUAUUGCUGACAGAUGCCACAUUCUAGAAGAGAAACACAAUAAUAGCAAUGGUAGCAAGGCUAUAAAAACACUAGUAUAAUAACACCAGUACAGAAAUCUGUAGAACAAGUAGGUUACAGAAUUAAAUAUUCAAACACUGAACAUAAAGAACACUGUAAAAAAAAAAAAAAAAAAAAAAUGUAAUUACCGUAAAAAUACAGUAGCAACGUUUUAGGUUUUAUGGUUUUAACUUAAAAUUACAUUUAAAUAAUGUCAUUUUAUUAAAUGAUGUAAUGUUGGUAAUGGUGAUGAAAAAGUCACAUGAUGAACCAGCUUGUAAAUACUAACAUAUAUAUAGAAGGUGCACAGUGUCAUUCACGCAAACACUAAACACCAUCAUGGUAACACACGAGACUGAAAUAAUGCAAUAAACAUUAAUUUAACAACAUUAGAUAUAACACAACUCUAAUAUACAAAACUGAUAAGACUAAAAACUAAGAAGAAACAUAGUUAUUUCAACAAAAACAUCAAAGUUGAAAUGUAACGCAGGGAACUGUGUAAAAAAAUAAACAUUCUUUUUCACUUCGAAAAAACGGUAUAAUACCGUAAAAUUACAUACAAUGUCCUAUACAGUUUUUCACAGUAUAUAGUAGGAGAAUUUACAGUUAACCAUUUAACAGGAUUUUACUGUAGCAUUUUUACAGUCUUUAACUAUUAAUUUUAACGGUCAUUUUUUUUUACAGUGAAGGCUAUGCUAUUUCAUUCAAUUUUAGUCAUACUAAAACAUUCAUAAGAGCAAUAGACAAAGUUUUUAUCAUACAGCAAUGCUUACUAAUGUAAGCUAUUACAGUAAUAAGUAUUGUUGCAUGAAUAAUAAACUAUAAAGUAUUAAAAUGAUCCACCCUCAACCUAUAGUAAAGCAUGAACAAACUUUGAUGCAGUAAAUAGACUAAUUAACAAAAACAGAGAAAACAUCUUUCACAAACAUCUGCAUGUCUGUUUCUUUUAAAGUGUGUUUGUAGUGUAUAUAAUGAGUUGCAUUUAUUAUAACACAAUUCUUAACACUCCACCCAGACCUCAGUAAUACAGCCAAACUGAUAUAUGAUGAACUCACACAGAAGUCACUUUCAAACCAAGCAGUUUUAUACUGGUUUGUGUGGUUUUGUGAAAUAUACGUGGGGAGAUCAGCUCGCUAGGUUUCUGCGCAGAGCGGAAGUGUGUGCGAAAGACUGAUUCACGCUCUGUGGAUGGAGAUCUAAGGAUCUCAGAUGGUCACGCUUUGCACUAAAUCACCAAACAGAAAAGAGCCGCCAGUACGUCACGGACAAAAGGAAGAGAGCGCUCAUUGAGAGCUCCAGACGUGAUUCAGCAGAAGGAAAGUGAAUCAUGCUCGGCGUCAUGCAGUAGUGAAAGGGUCAACGGGCAAAAAGAGGAGGAAAUGUGGCAUAAUCAACAAAACAAUGGAGAGUUUUUUGCUGCCUCACAAACUGAGUCAGUAAUGCCUCACUGACACUGACUCGUCUUUUUCCAGGCACACGCAAACACACACCUACACAUUUGGAAACACAUGCACAGAUCUGAUGUUCAGAUGGCGUGUGUGUGAACAGAAAAGGAAACAUAUGACAGUAUAUCAUACAAAAACUUUAUCAUGUGAAUAAGGUCAUAAAUUAGUACCAUGGUAUAUAGUAGUCAACAUUUGAAGUGGAUCAAAAAAGUUGAUCAAAGACAAGAACAGGUAUUCUUUUUGGUUUUAGGACAAAUUUAAUGAAAGGUUUUGAUCCACUUUAAAUGUUGACUACAGUAUUUCAAAGUACUAUGGCAUUACUAUGUUUUUGGGCAUGGCACCAUGGUAAUACUAAGUUGUUGUUUUUUUUCAAUGGUAAUCAAAGGGUCAUGUUUUUUUGGAUAUGGUACCAUGGUAAUAGUAGUAAAGUACGCUCUAAAAAAUGCUGGGUUAAAAACAACCCAACGCUGGGUGAAAAAUGUGACCCAGGACCACAAAACCAGUCAUAAGGGUCCAUUUUUUUAAAAAGUUGAGAUUUGUACAUUAUCUGAAAGCUGAGUAAAUAAGCUUUCCAUUCAUGUUUGUUAGGAUAGGACAAUAUUUGGUCGAGUUACAAAUAUUUGAAAAUCUGAAAUCUGAGGGUGCAAAAAAAAAAAAAAAAAAAAAAAAUCAAAAUACUGAGAAAAUCGCCUUUAAAGUUGUCCAAAUAAAGUUCUUAGCAAUGCAUAUUACUAAUCAAAAAAGAGUUUUGAUAUAUUUGUGGUAGGAAAUUUACAAAAUAUCUUCAUGGAACAUGAUCUUCAUUUAAUAUCCUAAUGAUUUUUGGCAUAAAAGAAAAAUUGAUAAUUUUGACCCAUACAGUGUAUUGUUGGCUACUGCUACAAAUACACCCAUGCUAUUUUUUUGGUCCAGGAUCACAUGGACAAACCCAGCUACGGGGUUAAUUUGACCCAGCGGUUAGGUUAAAUGUUUAACCAAACAUUCUGGGCAGUUUUAUAUAACUCAACAAUUGCUUAGAAAUGACUAUUUUUCUUGCUUAAAAUGAACCAAAUAGAUUGGAAAUUAUAAUUUAUUAAUAUGUUCAAUACAUGAACAUUUAUUAAUACGUUAAAUAAAUAAUAAAUAUUUUAAAACAUUUCUUAUUAAUAAAUGUUCACCUUUUUAUUAUUUUUGCUGAUGCCUCUAGUAAUUAUAUGUCUGAUCUUUAAUUUACAACCUAUUUUUUAGCCAGCCAAAUAGUAAUUUUAAACAAUAGUUGAGUUAAAUAAAACUACCCAGAAGGUUUAAUUAAACAUUUAACUCAACAUUUUAAGAGUGUAGUUUGGAGUAACAUGCAAAUACAGUGGUAUGUGAAUAUGGUAACCAUUCAGUACUAUAUUCCCAUGUUUUCGACAUGACAGCAGUGUUCUUGAAGAUUUAUUGGGGUGUCAUGUAAAUACCACAGUACGUAAUAAUAUACUGAGGUAUUUACUUGAAACAGUGUACCUCCAAGAAAAAAAAAAAAGUACCGCAAUGCGACAAUGUUUUGGAAAAUGUAAUUUCAGUACCAUGGUAUAUAUGAAAGUAUCAUGGCAUUAUUGUAUUUUUGAACAUGACAUGGAUAUAAUAUAAAUGCAACUGUAUAUAAAUAUGAUAAUCAUACAGUCCCAUAAUAUGUAUCAAAGUACUAUAGUUUUACCAUUCGUUUACCAUGGUACCGCCACAGUUCCAUUUUUGUUUUUUUGUUUUAAUCAAGGGAUUUUACACAUAUGAUGAGAGGGUGUAUACAUAGAGUGUUUGUGUACAGUCUGUACAGUGAUUUCUGUAUGUGUGUAUAUGUCUGUUAUAUUUAUUUAAUACUAUUUAUUUCUCUGGGGUACAACUGUAUGAUGUCACUUUUUUUUUUUUU